GUAUGUGGUCGACAGUGGGUUUGUGAAGCAGUUAAACCACAACCCAAGGGUUGGCUUGGAUGUGCUGGAGGUGGUGCCAAUUUCAAAGAGUGAGGCGGUGCAACGCUCAGGCAGAGCCGGUCGAACGGCCUCUGGGAAAUGCUUCCGGGUGUAUAACAGGGAAUUCUGGGAAGAGUGCAUGCCAGAUCACAUGGUUCCAGAGAUCAAACGGACCAGUUUGACAUCCGUGAUGCUGACUUUGAAGUGCCUGGCCAUCCACAAUGUCAUCAGCUUUCCAUAUUUGGACCAUCCGAACGAGAAGCACAUUCUAGUCGCCCUUAAACAGCUCUAUCAAUGCGGGGCAAUUGACAGGCAAGGUCAUGUGACCAAAUUGGGCCAGCUCAUGGUUUGGCUUCCUCUGCCUCCUAACUUGUCCUGCGCCGUCCUCAAGGCUGCCUCUCUAGGCUGUGAUGACUUGCUGCUCCCCAUUGCGGCCAUGUUGUCUGUGGAGAAGGUCUUCAUUCAUCCAGGGCAUGAAGAGAAGCAGAAGGAAGCUGAGCUACGGCACCAGCAGCUCUCUCUACAAAUGGGAGGAAGCAACGACUUUACUACUCUCCUGAAUAUCUUUGAGCAAUGCAAAGCAAGGUAGUCGGACAGUCUUCAGAGAAUAAGCUGAAUGCAAA